AUGUCCUACGCUGUGAGGAGGAUUGUCGAUCCUUCUACGGCGCCAAAGUCAUCAGGCGAGUCUCCUCCAACCACAGCCACCGUGGUUGACUACAACUGCCUCUUCACGCAUGAUUUGCGGAGAAAGCAGAAACGCUGGCAAGAUGGCAGGCUCAAAUACCACACCUUCAACAAACGAAUCAUGGUCUACGAUGACAGGGGCAACUUCAUCGGCGACGCGCACUGGCAUGGGGUCGGAGAUUUACAAGAUGACGAGGAAUUGGAACUCGAUCGGGGUGCCGCCAUAGUCCAGGUUGGCGAGUGUACGGGGUCGCGCGAGCAAGAUCUCACCGAGGUACUUGAUAAGCGCGUGCGAGAAGUCGAGAAGCGGAGAGCCAUGGCGGCCGCUAAGACCUCGGUGCCCAGUAGAGCCGGUACUCAACCUCAAGCUCAGCGGCAGCGGCAGCAGCAGCAGCAGCAGCAGCAGCAGGAUCAUCAGCUUCAUUUUCAGCUUAACCACCGACCGUUGAACUCGAUAAUUCCUGGCCCGGGGCCUAUCGGACGAGCCGUGAUUCCCGACCGUUCUCCGUACGACGCCCGUAAAGCGGAAGGGACGGUGACUGGUGCGCCACCCGCAAAGAAGAGAAGGGUCAGUCCUUCGCCUCCUAGUAAGGCGGGAUUUGCGCAGAGCUUGUUUGGGGCGAGGUUGGAUUUGUGUGGUUCUGGCGGGACGGCGGCCGUGCGAUUGCGCGCGUUGAGGGAGAGGAUGAAUUUGCAGACGAGAGGAGAUGGAGGCGAGAAGAGGCCGGGUUUGGACAGUGAUGAAGAUGUUGUCAUUGUGGAUGAGAGGCGGUCGAAAGUGGUGUUUAGGAAAGCUAAACAUUUCCAGGAACCAACUUUGCGGGAGAUCGUGCCGAUGGAUGAUGUAACAAGACACAAGGCGCUUUCUGCAACCACAAAAAUCGUCGGUGAGAAGUCGAGUUCAACCGCGACGCUGAGUUCGAGGCAAAUGGAGGUUGAUAUGUCUGGAACGACAACCCAAACAAUGCCGGGGAGGUCGAGGUUGAAGCUGACACCGAAAGCGAGACAUUUCGAUGAGGAGCCGUUGGUGACGAGAGCCUCCGCACGUGCGAAGGAGGAUGUUAUACUGGUGGAGGAGCGACCAGUCCACACGGAGGGGACUGCGAGCUUGCCUCCCAUUAUGGAAGAUCCCGAAUUACGAACCAUGACAAAACCGCACGUGCGGGAAGCAGCCUCGACAAGGUCUGUUGUUCGACAAGGUGAUAAUCCGCGGACGAAGAAACAAACUUUACCUAUAGCUGCUGUUAAAGCCCAAGUGGUAGUGAGUGUCACAACGCGGAGCGACACCCGGGAAUCUUGCGCCGCCGGCGAGGCUCAACUUAUAUCCCACAAGGAGCACAAGCAGAGACAAAAGGUCGCGAACAGCGCAGCAACAUCCGAGCCACAACGGCCUGUGCCACCUCUAAGACGGCCCGAGCAACGAACUGAAUUACGUAUCAAGCCUAGACAGAGGCGAGGCCUGUUGGUGAUAUCAGAACGAAGACAGCAACAGCAAGAACAAUCCGCAUCUGUCAUACCCACUUCAAGCUUGCACUCCGCGCAAACUGCGAAUGUGGAAAGUGUUGAACCGUCGAAAUUACCAAUACUACAAGUUCCGGAGCAUGAUUCAGAACUAAGCCAAGUGAUGGAGGAUCUCGACGUAGGGCAAAUAAUUCAGGCCGCACCAGAGUCCGGCCCUCACCACAUUACAGAAGAAGCUAGAAAACUUGAUUCCAACAUUGACUUUGAUACGCCAGCCGUUGAGUCCAAGACAAAGGAAUCGCCAAGAAAGAAUACCCAGACGAUGUCAGAUUCUGAGGACACAAGUCUGCAGCGAUCACGAAAGAAACGUCAGAUAUCGCCGAAGCGGUUGACAAACAGCCAAGAUAGUGGAUCCGAAUCUGACAACUUACCACGGAGGCGUACGAGACGACCAGGGAGAAAAGCAGCUGGUAAAGACAUCCUAGAUUCAUCUGUUGACGAAGAUGAAGUGAGCGACCCAUCACCUCAAAAAACAUGGAAAACAAGGACUAGACGUGAUUCUGGAUCUUCCGCAGCUGGAUUUUUCAAUGAGGAGGAUCCAGCACAAGGGCCAGCCAGACAACAAAGGCGGACUAGGAGCGAACGUGAUCCAGUCCCUCAUGUUGCGGAGAAGCCCGAGGAACAUAACGGACCACGCAUCAAGAGAAUGGCUCGAAAGAGUGUCAAAUGCAAAGAGAUUUUUGGCUUUGUACUACCAACGGGUGAAGAGCUUACACCGGCUCCAUUCGCAAUGGCCACCAGUCGUAUUGGAACCGUAGGCAGGCCACCAGCGGUUCCAACUCGGUUGCCAGGCAUUUCACUGACGAUGAAUGCUGAAUCUGCGGUUUCAGCACCUCCUCCUGGGUUGGUUGAGAAUCAAGAUGUUGAAGACGCCAAGGGUUUACCACUGGCGGCAGCGUCAAAGAAACGAAUUACGGGGCUGGCGGCGAAGGAAGCCAACUUUGACGACGCGACACACUCAAACACACCGACCGCGGAAGACUCAAUUGCAAAGAAGUCGACUGCAAAAGAAGCAACUGUAACACAGCAGAGAAAUUCGCACAAGCCCACAAUUAUCAACCCUGCAACUCGCGGGAGGAAGGCAGCACGAAAAGAAGACGCGGCCGGCCAAGUCCCAAAGACAAUCGUCCCCUUCGAGGCGCCAAGGCACGUGCGACCGUCUAGAGCUGAACGGCCGGAGCCCGAGAAGACGGACCAGGCGUUGCCGGGUUUCACGAGUGCGAAGGGCGGUGCAUGGAGCAAACACGCUGAAGAUUUGCUUGGGAUGACUCGGCCGACUGGGAAGAAGGGGUUGUCGAUGACGACUUUUGCAUAA